CGGAGCCGCCGCAGGCCCCACCAUGUCGGGGUCGCUGAGCAAACGCAGCGAUGUGGCCAACGAUAACAGCUGCGUGGGGCCGGCGGGGCUGAGCCUGGCGUUGCGCGGCCCCCCCGAGGCGCUGCCCCCCCCCGAGGAGCCCCCGAGCACCAAAUGGCUGAAGGACGGGCAGAACCUGCAGCGCCGAGCGGCCGAACGCGAUCAGAACCGCAACGAAGUGCGGCCGCCCCCCGAGCAAUCGGAGCUGAGCGCCCGCAACGCCCGCAACGCCGCCGCGGGGGGAGCGCCGCUGAUCGAGGACGAGGAGGAGGAGGACGAGGAAGAAGAGGACGAGGAUGAGGACGGCGAUUCCACGCCGGUGCAGAGCGAUCCGACCACGGGGGAGUCGGAGCCCAGCGGGGAACGAGCGCUGCGGGAGCCGGGCCGUAGCGCCAGCCGCCUCUUCGGGCCCCGCAGCGGCACGGCCAGCGAUGAAGACUCCAGCUGGGCCACGCUCAGCCAGGGCAGCCCGGCCGGCAGCUCUCCCGACGAUGCAGAUUCCUUCUGGACCCGCAACUCCUUUGAGACAGACUCAGACCUGCCUGCGGGAUGGAUGCGGGUGCAGGACACCUCGGGCACCUAUUAUUGGCACAUCCCCACUGGCACCACGCAGUGGGAGCCACCAGCAGGGCUGGCGCGUGGCUCAGGGGGCAGCACCCCCUGCGAGGAGCAGUCGCUUGCCUGGACUGGCUUUGCCCCAGCUGAGCGCUUUGAUGAUAGCGACUUCUGGAAGGACCCUGUAGCUGAGGAGGAGGCAGACGGUGAGCCUGGAACACGGGAUGUGGAGCCGCUGGCACCGGACCCGGCCUCGCUGGGCGGCAGCAUGACUCCGGCCGAAGAGGACGAGCCUGGCUCUAAGAGCUUCGCCGUGCGCUCGCUGGGCUGGGUGGAGAUGAGCGAGGAGGAGUUGGCGCCCGGCAGGAGCAGCGUUGCUGUCAACAACUGCAUCCGCCAGCUGUCCCUGCACCAGCACGACGCGCCCGGCGCCUGGGGAGGGGGCCGGGCCAUGCUGCUGCUCCUGCAGAGCCAGACGUUGAAGCUGGUGGACCCGCAGGACCAGAGCCUGCUGCACGCACAGCCCGUGGCCAGCAUCCGUGUCUGGGGUGUGGGGCGCGACAGCGGCAGGGACUUUGCCUACGUGGCGCGGGACCAGCUGACGCAGAUGCUCAAGUGCCACGUCUUCCGCUGCGAGGCCCCUGCCAAGGACAUCGCCACCAGCCUGCACGAGGUCUGCUCCCAGAUCAUGGUGGAACGGCGAAGUGCCCGGGCGCUGGCUAACGGCCUCUCCGUGGACGCCUCCAGGAUGGUGGAGAUCCCCUUCCAGGUGGAGUUCCCGGCGCCCAAAAGUGAGGUGGUGCAGAAGUUCCCCGUCUGCUACCUGGGCUGCGUCCCCGUCGCCAAACCCGUGGGCAUGGACGUCAUCAACGCGGCGCUGGAGGCGGCGUUGGCCACCAGCAGCAAAGAGCACUGGACGCCCAUUGUGGUCAACGUGGCGCCCGCCACCCUCACCAUCACCCACGAGCAGACAGAGGCGGUGCUGUGCGAAUGCCGCGUGCGGUUCCUCUCGUUCAUGGGUGUGGGCAGAGACGUGCGCUCCUUCGCUUUCAUCAUGGCCAGCGCGCCCGGCGCGUUCCGCUGCCACAUGGUGUGGUGUGAGCCCAACGCGGCGGGGCUGAGCGAGGCCCUGCAGGCCGCUUGCAUGCUGCGCUACCAGAAGUGCUUGGACGCGCGGCCCCAGGCUUCCAGCUCCUGCCUGCCCGCGCCGCCCGCCGACUCGGUGGCACGCCGCGUGGGCUCCACCGUGCGCAAGGGCGUGCAGAGCCUGCUGGGCAGCCUGAAGCCCAAGCGCCUGGGGGCGCAGACGCCGUGAUGGGACGGAGGCGAUGGGAGCGCAGCCACCAGACCCCACCGCUGCCGGCAGGACGGCACCGGGACGGG